AUGCUGAUAUUCCUGCCAGGCCUGGGAUGUGCAAGCUUGAAUCGCAGAUUCCUACCAAACACAUGCCUCGAGAUCCAAAACAAAGAGGGCAUCCCUCCGAAUCAGCAAGAGCUCAUCUUCGGUGGGAAGCAGCUCAAGGAUAGACGUACCCUCGCCGACUACAACAUCCAGAAGGAGUCAACCCUCCAUUUGGUGCUUCGUCUAAGGGCAGGGAUGCAGAUCUUCGUUAAAACCUUUACCAGCAAGACCAUCAGCUUGGAGGUGGAAAGCUCAGACACCAUUGACAACAUCAAGGCCAAGAUCCAGGACAAGGAGGGCAUCCCCCCGGAUCAGCAGUGGUUGAUCUUUGCUGGGAAGCAGCUUGAGGAUGGAAGGACUUUGGCUGACUAUAACAUUUAG